AUGGAGGAGGAAAAACUUCGUUUGAGCGGGCCUUUAAAAAAAAUUUUUUUUUUUCUCUCUCUCCCUCCCUCCUGCGCAUUUAAUACUCAGUCGACGCUCUUUACCUCGGCGGACUCUUUUCUUUUUUGUAUUUAUUACUUUUUCCUUUUGGGGCUGUGGCUCCUGCCAUUGUCUCCUCGUACAAUAAUCGAUGCGAAGUCCAAGGGCACGCAAGUGGAUUGCAUGCGGCUGUGUGGUUUGCUUCGUCAUCCGGCGUUGAAUUGCACGACUGUCCAUUACGCCCAUCACAGCGAGACUUCGAGGAAGAAGAUGAUGAGGAGGAGAGAACAAAAGAGGCGUGCGUCCCGUGACACCGUAAGUCUCCGUGAUUCGGUCGGCAUGUUGAUUCCCGAGGCCUGCCUGCGCCGCGAUCGACUGUCGCCCGACGCCUUGGAUCGCUCCGUUGAGGAGAAGGCGCGUGAGAUUCUUGGUCUUGGCGCGGACUCCGCACAUGCGUGGGGUCCGUACGGCGCGCAAUUUGACAGGCGUGACAUCCGCUUUCAAGGGAAGAACGGCGACAUGCGUCAAUUUGCGGAGAUGGCAACGAGGGCUGCAUCGAUGGAGAAGUGGAGGGGCAUGUCGCCGCAAGGCGAUGCAUUGCUGAAAGACGCCGUUGGAGAGGGACGAGUGCGUCCUACUGCCGUUAUUACAGCCAUUAUCGUCUUUACACGUGUGUGUGUGUGUGUGCUGUAA